AUGCUGUUGAAGGGGCCCGACCUGUUGACGCCGCUACUGUCCGUGCUCUUCCAGUUCAGGGAGAGACAGGUUGCCAUCUGCGCAGACAUCGAAGCCAUGUUUCACCAGGUGAAGAUUCGGGAACCCGACCGCAGCGCGCAGCUGUUCCUGUGGAGGGACUCGCCGGACAAGCCGCUGGAAACCAUGGUGACCGACGUCGCUAUCUUUGGGGCGACGUGCUCCCCAGCCCACUCGCAGUACGUGAAAAACCUCAACGCUAACGAACACGAAGCAGAUCAUCCGAAGGCGGCAGCAGCGCACUACGUCGACGAUUACCUCGACAGUGUCGAUACGGCGGACGAAGCAGUUGCGAUGGCGCUGGAGGUAGCCGAGGUUCACGCGAAAGCCGGAUUCCACAUCCGGAACUGGAUCUCGAACGACAAAACCGUGCUGGCGCGGAUCGGAGUGGUCAACCCUACGACGGUCAAGAACUUCGUGAUCGAGAAGGAGAACGGAUUCGAGCGUCUGCUGGGAAUGGUGUGGCUGCCCGACGAAGACAUGUUCUCGUUCGCACUGAGCCUGCGAGAGGACAACAUGAAGCUGCUGACUGGAGAGGUGGUGCCGACGAAGACCCAGCUGCUGAGUAUCGUGAUGAGCAUCUACGACCCGAACGGGUUAGUCGCCGUCUUCAUCAUCCACGGAAAAAUACUCGUGCAGGACGUGUGGCGAUCCGGUGUCGGCUGGAAAGACAAAAUCCCGGAGAAGCUCAUCGGACGCUGGAAGCAGUGGAUUGCGCUGCUGCGCAAAAUCGAAACGGUGAGAGUUCCACGUUGCUAUUUCAAGGAUUACGAACCAGCUAGCCUGAAAACAUUGCAACUCCACGUGUUUGUCGACGCCAGCGAGCAAGCUUACUCUGCGAUGGCAUACUUUCGUCUGGAGGAUCGCGGUCAAGUCCGGUGCUCACUGGUGGUAACCAAAACGAAGGUCGCACCUCUACAGCCGCUUCCCAUCCCACGUCUCGAAGUUCUGUCGGGCGUAACUGGAUCGCGCUUGCGGAAGACCAUCCAGGACGGACACUCACUCCCUAUUUCGAAGGUCGUUUUCUGGUCGGACUCCAAGACGGCACUGCAGUGGAUCAGGUCAACCGACCUCCGCCGAUUUCGCCCGUAUGUGGCGUUCCGGGUCAACGAGAUCCUGUCACUGUCCAAGGCCGCCGAGUGGAGAUACUGUCCAUCGCGCAUGAACGUCGCCGACGAAGCUACGAAGUGGGAAGAAGACUGGCCCGAAGACUGCCUCGAGCGGGUUGAGGCGACGGAAGAACUCAGGCCAGCGUUCAUGUUCAGCCACUUCGUGGUCAAGCCCAUCAUUCGACUGGAUCUGUUUUCGCGAUGGGAACGCCUGCUGAGGAUGGUCGCCUACGUCCAUCGUUUUCUCGCGCGCAGACUGAAGCUGAAGCAGGAAACCUGUCCGGGCGCGCUGACACGUGAGGAGCUGCAGAAAGCCGAACGAAGCCUGUGGCGCUUGGCUCAAUCCGACGCUUAUCCGGACGAGGUCGCCACGCUGAACCAGAACCUGCUAGUGCCAGCCGAGAAACGAGAGUGUCUGGAGACGUCAAGCAGCAUAUUUAAGUUGUCCCCUCUGCUGGACGACAGCGGAGUGCUUCGAGCUGGAAGUCGCUUGGAGGCCGCCGAGUUCGCCGCGUUUGACGCCAAGUUUCCCGUGAUUCUCCCGAACAAACAUCGCGUGACCUGGCUGCUCGUGGACUCCUACCACCGAAGAUUUCGCCACGCAAACAACGAGACGGUGGUCAACGAGAUACGGCAGAAGUUCAACAUACCGAAGCUGCGGGUCCUGAUAAGGCAGGUGGCGAGUAAAUGCUGUUUCUACCGCAUAAAAAAGGCCAUCGCGGUGGCACCCAUGAUGGCACCCCUUCCACGUGUGAGGCUGUCCCCUUUCGUGCGCCCAUUCACGUUCACAGGCGUGGACUACUUCGGCCCGGUCCUGAUCAAGGUUGGACGCAGUGUUGCGAAACGCUGGGUGGCGCUUUUCACCUGCUUGACGAUCCGCGCAGUUCACCUGGAGCUCGUCGCGAGCUUGUCAACGGACUCGUGCAAGAAAGCAAUCCGCCGGUUCAUCGCGCGACGUGGAGCGCCGCAGGAGAUAUACUCGGACAACGGUACAAAUUUCCAAGGAGCCAGUGGAGAGCUGUCGAAGGAAUUAGCCAAGGUCAACCACAACGAACUCAGCAGCACAUUCACGGACACGCACACCCAGUGGCGAUUCAACCCGCCGGCCGCGCCGCACAUGGGUGGCUGCUGGGAACGAAUGGUAAGAUCGGUGAAGGCUGCACUGGGCGCAAUCCCGGUGGAACGUAAGCUGGAUGAGGAGUCGCUGGUAACCCUACUAGCGGAGGCGGAGCAUAUGGUCAACUCGCGCCCCUUGACUUUCGUGCCGCUGGAGAGCGCAGACAGUGAGUCCUUGACCCCCAACCAUUUUCUCAUGCUGAGUUCGAGCGGUGUUCAGCAGGCCGUCAAGGAUCCGGUCGGCGUAAGCGCGGCUAUCAAAAACAGCUGGAACAGUAUCCAGCACACACUGGACGAGUUCUGGAGCCGCUGGGUGAAAGAAUAUCUGCCGACGAUCGCGAGGAGGACUAAAUGGUUUGAGGAGGUGAGACCAAUCAAAGAGGGCGAUCUCGUGCUCGUUGUGGACGAAGGACAUCGGAACGGGUGGCUGCGAGGACGCGUUGCAAGGACGUAUCCCGGCAAGGAUGGCAGAAUACGUCGAGCGGAUGUACACACAUCGAAGGGUCUGGUGCGUGAGCGAGCAGUCGUCAAGCUUGCUCUGCUGGACGUUGGUGACGCUGAGGAUUCUGGUGCAGAUCAUCAUGCGACACGUGGGGGAGGAUGUUGCGAGCACACCGUGCCGACUGCGCCGACUGCGCCGACCGUGCCCCUCGGAUCAUCGCCCAAACGAGAUUGA